AUGGAUGCAGCCCGAGUAGCGCGUAUGCAUAGCCUGCUGCCGUCUGUGCGCCUCAUUGCUUCUCUGCGUGAUCCGGCGGCCCGAGCGUACUCCCACUUCCAACACAACUGCCGGGAGGGCGAUGUAUUAAUUGGCAAGCCUGGUACACAGCAUGCUGAUCGCGUCAUUGUCUAUGAUGAACGCAAUCCCCACACGAGACCUCGUGUCAACGCCUUUUUGAAAGCCAUUGGCGCCACCCGCGAGGACUUUUCCAAGCCGACUGACUCGUGCACUAGCAAGCAAUUUGAGACCGUCCUGCUGACACGUCUGGACGGGACGCGUGGCACACGUAUCUCGCACAACGAGAGCAUGGCGUUUGCCAUCUUGGAGCGCGGCUUCUAUGCUGAGCAGCUCGAUGUCAUCACGCAGUAUUAUCCACGCGAUCAGAUCCACCUCAACCUGUACGAGGCCAUGUCCAAGGAUAUGAUCUCUCACAUCAAUGAUAUUCAGACAUGGCUGGGGCUUCCUUUCUUUGAUUAUUCACCGUUGACGCGAAUCAACGCUCGUGGUUACGUCUCGCUACAAGCUGUAAAGAGCAAGACGGACAGCAAGCCGUAUGAGAGCCUGGGUGACGACGUGUAUCAGCUGCUGGUGGAGAUGUAUCUGCCCAGCGUGCGGGAUUUAGCCCGCUAUAUAGACAAGAGCCUGUUGCGCAAGCACUGGCACAUUAAUUGA